ACUCUUCAAUUUUUAGGGUUUCCUCUUUCUCUCCUCUUUGCUAUCUCCGACAGACACAAAACAGAAAUUUCCGAAUAAUUUCAACCUCUUUGCUCUUCCUUAGGUUCUCCCAUCUUCCUUGUAUGCUCGAUCUGUUUGGGAAUCCCACUAAAUCGAAGUUCGAGUUAAUCAGAAGAGAACAAACUCUAUCAGGUAUAUGAUUCUUCUAUCAGAUUACUUGUAUUGUUGUUUUGGCUUUGAAAGUGACUGCCUCUGAAAAUUACUUGUAUGCACAUUUGGUCGGAGCUCUUGUGAAAUGGAUAAAGCUUGGGUUUGGUUGCCAAGGAAUAGCCUUGAGUAUGAAGCAGGAGCAACUAAGUUUGUGGUUGAAUCAGCAAGUAAUUUGGGUAAUCCAUCAGAAAUGUUCUGUCCUUGUCUUCUUUGCCGCAAUGUUUGUCAUCAGUCAAUGGAUACAGUGGUGGAACAUCUAGUCAUCAAAGGGAUGGAUCAGAAGUACAAGAGAAGUAAAUGUUGGAGUUUACACGGGGAUAUAAUGAAUGAGAAGACACCUAAUGUCGAUUCAUCUGAAAAUGAGGCUUACGAGUUGUUUAGAACAGCUUUUAUGGCGACUGAAGGCACUCAACCAUCUCAGCAGCAGAAUGUAGAUGAAGUUGAGGAUAUAGACAGCCAAGAAGACUUUGAAAUUCAGAGUGGAGCUGAAAUAUUUGAGAGUCUUAAAGACUUCAGAAAUGAUUUUGGACGACCUUUAGAUAAGAAAGGUAAGAGGAGAAGGAGAGAUGUGGAUGAUGAAGAUGUUAUUUCAGCUGAAGAAUAUGAAGAAGACAAUGUUCUUUGGCGGUGGAAAAAACGGUCAAUCUUAUUUGACUUACCUUACUGGAAGUAUAUGCUUGUAAGGCAUAAUAUUGAUGUAAUGCAUGUUGAGAAGAAUGUAUCUGAUGCACUGUUGUCUAUUCUGAUGCAUUCUGUGAAGUCAAAGGAUGGUUUGAAAGCAAGACAAGAUUUAGAAGACAUUGGAAUUAGAACCAACUUACAUCCAGAGGUACGUGGGAAGCGAACUUAUUUACCUCCAGCUGCUUAUUGGCUUUCUAAGGAAGAAAAACGUAAAUUCUGCAAAAGGCUUUCCAAGUACAUGAAAACACUAAAGGCGUAUGUAAAGAAUUUUGCAAGGCCAGAGGCGUGUAUGGCUGAGGGAUACUUGGCUGGUGAAUGCAUUUCAUUCUGUAUGGAGUUUUUAAAGAAAUCUGUUCCAGUGCAAGAAGCUAUUAAUCGGAAUGAAGAUAUUGAGGCAGAUCAACAUGUCGCUGAAGGCCGACCACUGCAGAAAGGUACAGAAGUUAAACUAACUGAUAAAGAGAGAGACAUAGCUCAUCGGUAUAUUCUUAUGAAUACAGCAGUCAUGGAUCCGUAUAUUCAGCUGAGAUGGCUUGCUUUUGGACCAAGAAGUAUUGCUCAAACAUAUAAGGGGUAUAUAAUCAAUGGUCAUCGGUUCCAUACAGAUGAUGUAAAACGGAAGACUCAGAACAGUGGAGUAACCUAUGAAGCGUUUUCAAUGUGUAGAGCUAGUGCUAAAGAUACUAGACAAACGGCAGACAUAGUAGUCUUCUAUGGAGUGAUCAAGGAGAUCAUAUUGCUGGACUACCAUAUGUUUCAGGUUCCACUCUUUAAGUGUAUUUGGGCUAACAAAGGAAAUGGACUGAAAGAGGAAGACGGUUUCACGCUUGUGAAUCUCCAUAUGAAGCAAUCAGCUUUCUUGAAUGAUCCUUUCAUUAUGCCAUCUCAAGCUAAACAGGUUUUUUACUCUAGGGAAGAUGACUCCUCACCUUGGUAUGUUGUUAUGAGGGCGCCACCAAGAGGAUACCAUGAGUUAGAAACAGAAGAAGAGUUUGUUUCUGCACCAUUAUCAGUCCAGCCAAUUGAAGAUUUAGGCGAUCAAUCAUCAGAUGAUGAGAGUUUUUGUGUUAGGGAUGAUUGUGAAGGCCAAGAUGUGACUCCUGUACCAUCACUGCCUCGGAAGAGACAGAAGAAGCCUGUUAUAGAGGAGAAUGAAGGAGAGAAGAGUGAUGCUAAUUUUUAUGAAGAAGAGGAUCAAGUUAAUAGGGAAUCACUGCAUAAUGGAGAAGAUAUUGGUUCAGCAGAAGAAGUAGAAGCACAGUCACACCGGGUACAAGAUGAACAAAUCCCGGCUUCCACAACAAAUGGUGCGCAUGUUGGUAAAGGAUCAGCGGCACUCUCCUCCUUCCUUGGAAUACUUGUGAGGGGGCAUGUCCCAGUACUGCUAGAUGACUGGAGACAUCUUGAUGCAAAUACAAAAGACAGAAUGUGGGAGGAAGUUCAGGGGAGAUUCAAUUUGAAUGAAGUUUGGCGUAAAGAAGCAAUAUUAGGUCAGAUGAAUCAUAUAAGACGAUCCUCUAAAUCAAAGCUGGUUACAAAAGUUCGAGCAACAAAAAGCAAGGUUGAAAUCCAGCAAAUUAGGCCCAGCAACAUCCCUUCUACAUCUGACUGGAACGCUUGGGUGAAGAAAAAAACUAGCACAGCUUUUAAGGAAAAAAGUGAGACAAUGAGCAAACUUAGAAAAUCUCAAAUUCCUCAAACCACCAGCCGCAAAGGAUUUCAUAGGCUAGCUAAUGAGAUGAAACAAAAGGCUCCUGAUCCUAGUAAAGUUACUAGAAGUAAAGUUUGGAUAGCAGGUCACACGCAUGCUGAUGGAAGACCCGUGAGGCCAGAAUUCGAAGAAACUAUUGAAAAGAUCAAGUCAAUUGAUAGUGAAAUGGACUCCACAUCCACAAAUAAUAUUAGAGAAGAUGCUGUGAGUCAGAUCCUAGGAAAAGACAGACCAGGAAGACUUAGGGGGAUGGGCAGAGGGGCUACGAUUACUAAGUUGGCUUUUUUACAGGCCAGAGACUCACAUGUGAAGGAGCUUGAAGCUAAGCUUGAAAAAUUGCAAACUGUGGUUAGUGACUUAGCUGCUAAACAGAGUAAUGAUGUUUCUAAGUCUGGUUUAAGCGAUGUUAGCAAAGGGGGAAUUAGGUGCCAGCUACUAGAUUGGUGUUCGAAAGAUGACAUUGUUGUUGGUGAAGGAGAAUAUUGCUCCUGUGAACCAACAUACAAGAUUGGUCGCAUUCCUAUAGGCCGUAAUGCUGCUGCUGUACUUGUCAACUCUGUAUCAGUAAUAGGAGCAUCUCUCUGGAGACCUACUCAAUCCAUUGGCUCACUUGGUGAAGCUGUAGGAGUUAAAAUCCCAUGGCCAAGUGAUAAGAUAAUUUUGGAUGAUGAUUAUAACUUCACAGAGCCUCAUAACACUGACAGAUCCGAGGCUUCAGAUGGAUCAAUAGGAAGAGUUCACAGAGUUCACAUUUAUGAUUAUUGGAAUGUGGAUACUGAUGUGAUUGCUGAGGGUAUAUUGUUGUCAACUGACCCUAAAGAAAUGGUCAACAAUGCUCCUCUGGGACCAAAUGAUGCAGUUAUUAAUGUCGAUAAGGUGGUUAAACCUGGUGCUUAUUUAUGGAGACCUACUAUGAAAGGUUCAUCAUUGAUGGGUGAUGCACUAAAUGAGAUCAUCACAUGGCCUGCUGAUAGGAUACAAAUACCUCUGUCUACACUUGAUGAAUCAACGAAAAAAUCAUCACCUCUGCAGAGUGGCACUAACAGUACUGGUACAAGCAAAGGCUCCAAAAAGAAUUGCUUUCUAUUAGAUUGUGAUAAUUCUGGGGAGCAAGUUGCAAUAGGUCGUGUCUGUUCCACUGAUCCAGAAGACAAGGUCCAUCUCUGUCCUUUAGGUCCCAAUGCUAGCAAGAUCUGGGUAGAGGUUUCCAAGAUUGAUGGUGCACGAGUGUGGAGACCAAAUUCUGAAAUUCAAGUAAUAUCUGAUGCAGUAGGAAACUUGGUGGCUUUGCCUAACAAGCAUAUUGUAUUCAUGUGAGCAUAAGUUUGUGUCAAAAAACAUUGUUCUAUCUC